UGGCUACACUGGAAGAAAGCACACCCAGGUCUCACAUUAAAGAAGCCAAGCUGUCUGCUUCAAAGAGAAAAGGCAACAUCCUGUCACAGACCAUGCUCUGGCAAAAACCGCCUGCUCCAGAACAAGCCCCGGCCCCACCCCGGCCAUACCAGGGUGUCCGCGUGAAGGAGCCGGUGAAGGAGCUACUGAGGAGGAAACGUGGGCAUGCCAGCAGCGGGACAGUCACACCUACAGCGGUGGUGCUGCCCCAUCAGCCCCUGGCGACUUAUACCACAGUGGGUCCUUCCUGCCUUGAUAUGGAGGUGUCUGCUUCUGCAGUGACGGAGGAGGGGGCCCUCUGUGCUGGCUGGCUCUCCCAGCCUGCCCCAGCCACCCUCCAGCCUCUGACCUCCUGGACACCCUAUACUGAGUAUGUGUCCCAUGAAGCUGUCAGCUGCCCAUACUCAGCUGACAUGUAUGUGCAGCCCAUGUGCCCCAGCUACACAGUUGUGGGACCCUCCUCAGUGCUGACCUAUGCUUCUCAGCCACUUAUCACCAACGUCACGGCAAGAAGUGCUGCCACACCCACGGUGGGAUCCCAGCUGGAGGGCCCAGAGCACCAGGCACCCCUCACAUAUUUCCCAUGGCCUCAGCCCCUUUCCACUCUGCCCACCUCCACGCUGCAGUACCAGCCUCCAGCCCCAGCCCUGCCUGGGCCCCAGUUUGUCCAGCUCCCCUUCUCCAUCCAGGAGCCAGUCCCCCAGGACAUGGAAGACUCCCGGAGAGCCAUUAGUUCUCUGACCAUUGACAAGCUGCUUUUGGAGGAAGAGGAUAAUGAAGCCUACCCACUCAACCACACUCUUUCUGUGGAAGGCUUUUAGUGCUGCCUCCCACCUGGUGUCCUAGUGUCUGAAACAGGGAAUU